AUGGCUGUUAAACGUGGUGAUAUUGACAAUUUCCCAAAUCUUAAGCCCAUAUCUAACCAAGGAAAUGAAAGAUUGAGGCUUAAAAUGGUUGAUUUUGACGCCGAAAUAUUGCGAAUGAACUCCGAGGCUCUUGGCUGUACAAAUAGAAUGGUUGGAGAGUUGGAAAAGAUCAACGAAGAAGGUGUGAUGACGCUUGCAGCUCUUGAAAAUCAGGAUGAACAACUAGAUAAGCUUGAGGAGAAUCUCCACCAAAUAAAUGACGACAUAUCAGCAGUGAAAAAUGACAUUAAAAAGAUGGAACGUUGUUGUUGUUUCAAUUUGUUGUGUUUACCGCUGAAACGAUUCCGAAGAAACAAAGACAAAGAUAUGAAAGAACGAAUUGUAGCGUCAUCAAUAGUAGUGAACCAUAGAUCUUCUAAUCGUAAAGGAAGAGAUGGCGCUUAUAUACCCAGAUUAACAGAUGACGCUGUUGAAAAUGAGAUUGAGGAUAAUCUUCGCCAAGUCGAUGAAACUCUCAACUCUAUUAAACAUUUAGCGGUUGAUAUUAAUGUACAAUUGAGUAUACAAGAGCCAAAACUUGAUCGAAUACGAGAUUUGAUGGAAAAUAGUGAUUUGGCGAUGGGCGGAGCAAAUGAGAGGGUUAAACGAUUGUUGUCAGAAUGA